CACAGAGAGUCAGAAGUUUGAAAGCAAAUCCUCCUGCAUUUGAACUCAACUGUCCGUUAUUGAACAACACGGCAACCUGUUUCUCAGACAUCCAAAACACACCUCUAAUAGACGGAGGAGGAGAAGUGUGUGUGUGUUCGGCCGAGUUAUUGUGGAGUAAAUCGACUGAACGGAGACUUAUUUUUGUUUUGUUUUUUGUUUGUUUUUUUUUGGACUCGUCGCGAGAGGUGCUGAAGAAUGUCGCGAGACCCCGACGAGGUGAAUAAACUGACCGAAAGCACGUACAAGAAUGUGAUGGAACAAUUCAACCCGGGGUUACGCAACCUCAUAAACCUGGGGAAAAGCUACGAGAAGGCUGUUUCAGCCAUGGUUCUGGCAGGGAAGCAGUACUUUGAUGCGGUAUCUAAGAUCGGGGAAAACGCAGCCGUGUCUCCAGUGUCCAGGGAGCUGGGGGUCGUGCUGAUGGAGAUCUCCGACGUCCAUCGGAAAGUCAACGUGGAGCUGGAGGAAAAUUUCAGACGGUUUCAUCGAGAGGUUAUCGCCGAGUUGGAGAGGAAAACAGACAUGGAUGUGAAGUACAUGACGGCCACGUUUAAGAGAUAUCAGUCAGAGCACAAGAUGAAGCAGGACUCGCUGGAGAGAUCACAGUCAGACCUGAGGAAGCUCCGGAGGAAAAGCCAAGGGAAGAACGCGUCUAAAUACGAGAGCAAAGAGAAUGAGUGUCUGGAAACACUCACUCACCGUCAGAUGGACAUGCAGAAGUUCAUCGCCGACGGCUGUCAGGAGGCUCUGCUGGAGGAGAAGAGACGAUUCUGCUUCCUGGUGGACAAACACUGCAUCUUCUCGCACCAGACCUCCGCUUUCCAUCACAAGGCUCGAGAGCUGCUGUCGGAUAACCUGAUUGGCUGGCAGGAGAAAUGCAGCGACGCCACCAAUGUGCCGGACAGUGUGUUGAGCAUGAUUGAAGGCCUGCGGACACCAGUGUCAAACACACCGCAGCCGUCUCCAUCACUGCAGCGCCACAGCAGGGCCAACUCUGAGGCCAUGAUCCCUGCUCCCCCCGCCCCGCCACAGACCAGUCCACUGGCCAACAUGUUCAGCCAGCAAUCCUCCAGACCGGACAGUGAUAACGAAUACGUGAAUGAGGACAGUGGGUUGUCCCGCUCGGUGUCGAUGGCCACUGGACUCAAUCACAUCGACAAAAGGCCCAAAGUGCGCACCAUCUUCCCUCAUAAGUCUGGAAACAACAGCACACUGCUGAGCUUUGAGGAGGGAGACAUCAUUACACUGCUGAUCCCUGACGAGAGAGACGGCUGGCUGUACGGAGAGCUGAACAACACCAGACAGCGGGGCUGGUUUCCGUCAUCUUACUGCCGUGCAUACACAGAACCAGCAGUAAAUAACAGUAUCGCUGGACUUCCUCCCAUGCGCAGUAAAAGCGUGGCCAAUCUUAUGCAGCCGGAGCCAGAGGAGGACAGGAUGGUUCUUCCUCCAGCAGAUUAUGGAGAUUCACCCGUCAGGAGAAACUCCACCAAGAGCCUAACGCAGACUUACACCCCUUCAUUGGAGAACUCGGGUCCCCAGUCAAACGGCCUGCCAAAACAUCCCAUCCUAGGGGGAGGAAAUCCAUUCGCCACGGUUAAACUCCGGCCCACAAUCACCAAUGACCGAUCAGCCCCGAUCAUCUGACCGUCAUUCAGUACAGUCACACACACACACACACACACACACACACACACACACACACACAACACUAUUUAUGUCAGUCCCUUUUAACCCUUCACCUCCCUCUCUCUCUGCUUCAUAUAUUUACACUGCAGAGAUGCUCUUCUCCGAGUUUCUGUCUUGUUUCUGGUGUAAAGAUCUGAAAACUCUGAAAUACUGAAGCUUUUUCAGCACAAAUGUCUCAGUUUCAGAAAUAAUGAGUCAAAAUGAAGUGAGUUUUUACUCAACUCAAAACAAAUGAGAAAUAAUCAGGUCAAACCUAAAAUAAGAUGACUUUAUUCAGCCCAUCGGUGCAUUAUUUAGCUUGUUUUAAGGUUGUAUUAGUCAAUAAUAGUUCAUGUAUUCACUAUGAUGGACAAACAAUGAGCAAUACAUUUAUUACUGUGUUUAUUGAUCGACGUUAAUGCAAGUCAUGUUAACCAAUCUAAUGUUAACAAGCAAGAGUUCAGAUGUUAAUAUUGCAUUAACAAAUGCUAAACUAUGAUUAAUAAAUGCUGUACAGGUACUGCUCAUGUUAGUAAAUGCACUGACUAGCAUUAGCUCAUCUAAACGUAUUGUAAAGCAGGACUAAUACUUGUACUUUAUUAGGUCUUGUUUGCUCGGUGCCUGCAUAAUCUUGCUUUUUCUAGAAAAUGCUUCUUGGUUUAAGAGUUUUCAGAUAUUUGAGCUGGAAACAAGACGAAAUCUCUACGUAAGAAACACAUGUGUUGCAUUGUGUGUGUGUGUGUGUGUGUGUGUGUGUGUGUGUGUGUGUGUGUGUGUGUAGAGAGAGGGGAAUAAAUGAUUGAAUGAAUCUAUUGAGGGAAUGGAUGAACAUGCAUUUAGUCCUCCAGAUCAGGUAAUUGCACUUUUAGUGUAUCAUUUUGUAAAUACAGAAGAGAAUAAAUGUUUGAUCUUAACUUUUUUAAA